CAACGAUAAUUUUUCCUGGUGUACAGGUGCGCCUUAAUUAACAUAAAGACAGAAUAUCAAGAGUCCUGGUGAUAAGAUCAGUGAUGGUGAGUGUCGUGUCAGCGGCUGGAGACUAGUGACGGGGACUGUACAUUACACUUUUUGGCACUCUGACACUCCUGCUGGUGUCUUAACUAUCAUCAGGUGCCACACGUCAUGUGAUAACUUGUGGCACCAGUGUCGUUGUUCCUGUUGUUGUCCAUCUGUUGUCCUUGAUGAUGAUGGGAGGCGAGAGGUCGCUGGGUUUAGAUGGUAGUGGCACCGCCCGCCGGCACCACGACUUCCCACCCAUCUGCCCUAAGAGCCCCCGGGCCCUCCAGGGCAGGACGGCGACGACCACGACCCAUGAUUGUGUAGACAACCCACACACUGAGGGUACGUCCAGUGGUGUGGUGUCCAGGACCAGCGAGGAGCCGUGUACCUCAGAGGUGGAGGGCGUCACCCGACACCUGCAGGACCUCUCCCUCGACUCUUACGGCGACGAUGACGGAGCGGAGGGCGCCGACUCCGCCUUCGAGGAAGAGUCGUCGGAGUGCUGGAUGAGUCCUGGACUGACUCGGCAGAACUCAUGCCUCGAGUCUGUGCCAGAGAACGGGAGUCUUAGCCGCCGCGCCUCCCUGCUGGAUGAGGACUUCAAGGAGGCUCUCAGUAGGCGCCACUCGCGAGACUCCCGCGGGCCGCUCUCCCGCCGGGGCUCCACUUUAGACGAACUGGAGCCUCGUGAGCCUCUGGGCCGCCGCGACUCCCUGCUGGAGGCGGUGCUGGCGGCUAAGAAGGGCGGCUGGCGAGGCCUCGUGAGGACGGACAGCAUGGAGAGCGGCGCCUCUAUGGCUUCCUCCAUGGCCUCCGUCAGUAGUGAGGGGUCGGUGUGCCCCUGCGACGACUGCCUCCUUGGCCUCACCGACCUCUAUCCGGUCUCCCACAACCAACCAACUAAACCUAAGAAGCCGUCCAACUGGCGUAAGGUGCGAAACAUCGUUCAGUGGACACCCUUCAUCCAGACGUACAAGAAACACAAAUAUCCCUGGGUACAACUGGCUGGACAUCAAGGUAAUUUCCGUGCAGGAUAUAAACAAGGAACAAUCUUGAAGAAGUUGUGUCCUGUAGAGGAAAAGGCUUUAGAAUCCAUCUCUGCUGAUAUUUUACGGCCCUAUGUUCCAUGUUACACAGGCGUGGUGGAGGGAGCAGAUGGAGAGAAAUAUCUCCAGCUUGAAGACUUAUUAAGUAAUUUUAAUCUUCCAUGUGUAAUGGACAUUAAGAUGGGUGUCCGAACAUAUCUAGAAGAUGAGCUGGCAAAAGCAAGAGAAAAACCAAAACUAAGAAAGGACAUGUUUGAGAAGAUGAUACAAAUUGACCCAAAAGCACCCACUGAAGCAGAGCUUAGAGCAAAAGCAGUCACAAAACCUAGGUACAUGGUAUGGCGGGAAACCAUAUCUUCUACAGCUACCCAAGGAUUCAGAAUAGAGGGCGUUAGAAGAGGUGAUGGAACUUCCAGUAAAGAUUUUAAGACAACACGAACAAGAGAACAAGUUCUUGCAUCUCUCAAUAGCUUCUUGCAAGGCUAUUCUCAUGUUGCCAGUCGCUAUGUCCAGCAACUGAAAUCUAUUAAAGCUACACUGGAAAUAUCACCAUUCUUUAAAACUCAUGAGCUAAUAGGCAGCUCUCUGUUGUUUGUCCACAAUGAAACUUCAGCUUUAGUUAGAAUGAUAGACUUUGCUAAGACCAUUCCACUCCCAGAAAAUGUGCAUAUAACCCACCGAAAUCCUUGGUCAGAGGGAACACACGAAGAUGGAUACCUACUAGGUCUGGACAACCUAAUUGAUCUGUUUUCAAUAAGUGAAAAGAACCUUGCUGCCAACGGUGAAAUCUCUAAAUCGGUAACAUCAUCGUCAUCUGAUAAGACAAACAACAGCAGUAGCAGCAUUACAUCUGCACCCUCUAGAAGCAACAACCUCAAUGCACAGCCAAUCACAACCAAUCCGAGCUAAGGUCUACACUAUAGUACAAGUAAUGGAAAAGUAAUGUACAAAUCCUCAGCUUUGUGGUAAAUUUAUUUAAAAGAAUUAUGUGUUUGUGAAGUUGUCAGAGAAAGGUUGUUGUUAUAUGUUUUGCAGCUCUUUCAGUGAGAUAUAAUUUAAAAUGUGCCAUUUAUCAAGACAGUGACUUCUUACAAUGGUUUUACUGUGAUGCAAAGAAUGGACAAUAUUAAUACUGUGCAGCAGUUGUGGAACCUUUCCUGUGUAAGAAGUGUUUAUCCCCUUUCAACCUCUUGGGACUAGUCAUAUUUCUUGCAUAUAUUAGGAAUAGUAGUCCCAUUUCCAAAGUUAAGAACAUUGUUUCUUUGUGCUUUGUGUAUAUAUAUAUAUAUAUUGUACAUAACUUGAUUACCUCGUAUUAUGUCUCAAGUCAAAAAGUAACUCGACAGUUUUAUGAACUGUUGACUGAAUACUAAUACUUAUCGUUACAUGUGCUCCACAAUUAGGAUGCAAGCCAAAAGUCAGUAUCAGUUUAGUCAGCCCCUAUAAUGUUUGGAAAAAAUAUCCAUUGAUAUUUAUUAAAAAUGUGUUACAUCAUUAAACAUUAAUUUAUU